UAAACUGUGUGCUAAUCGCCUAAAGCUUUGUAGUUGUUAUUCUUUUUAAGGGUGUUAAAAAUGUUAAAUUUUAUUCGCACAAAUUAAUUAUUUUUAUUUGUAAAAUAUGCAUAAACAACAAAAAUUGGACCGGCGCAUUGAAUAUGCUGCAGUAUGUCCUGUCAAUUAUCUGUCACUUUAUGCAACUGCAUACAUAUUUAUACCAACAAACUUACAAAAUACGGAAACGAUAAAAAUCAACUUUAUUUUUCACUUCAUUUGUCUCAAAAGUAAGAAAAUCAGAUUGUCAUUUUAGCUCCAAUUGGAAUUAUGAAUUUCGCCGGUCGUUUACAAUUCCGGCGUCUCAUGUGUUUGAUGGUGCGACAAAAUUUUGCCAGCGAAUGCGAAAAUGCUAUUAACAAACAAAUACAUUUGGAAUUGAAGUCAAGCUACGAUUACUUAGCUAUGGCUCAUCAUUUCGACCGCAGCGAUGUCGCCUUACCUGGAUUAUAUGGAUUUUUCAAGUCUGCUAGUUCAGAAGAGCGUGAACACGCAGUACAAUUGAUGACAUACAUAAACAAACGAGGCGGCACCAUAUGCUUGGAGGAGUUACCAGCGCCGCAAUUUCAGUUUACAACCGUUAAGGCGGCGCUAAUUGAAGCUUUGGAUAUGGAAAAGACAGUUAACGAGUCCUUGUUGGCUUUGCAUGCUUUGGCAAAUGAGCACAACGAUCCACAUUUAAGUGACUUUUUAGAAACAAAUUUCCUUGUUGAACAAGUGGAUGCGCAGAAACAGUUAGCCGAUUAUAUAACCCAAAUAGAAAGAUGUGAAAAAGAAUUGGGUGUGCAUAUAUUUGAUAAAGAUAUUAAGGGCAAGGAUAUGCAUUAGAGUAUUGAAAAUACAAAAUCAAAUGGCAAACAAUUUAAUAUUUUGCGUAAAAGAUAACUUUCGUACAGAGAUAUAAGUUAUUCAGUACAUUUCUUCAAGGCAAUGCUUUUAGGGCGAUAAAGGCAUAAAAAAAUGCUAAAAUGACUGUGGUGGCAGCGUUUACUUUUACAAAAAAAAUUAUAUAAUUAAUAAAAACUAUCGAAUUUUUUAAUAUUUAAUCGAAAAAUUGUUAUAUUUGUAAACAAUCUCAGCUAAUUGAUAUAAAUUAUAUACUAUAUAUCUUAUAUUUAUUCAAAUUUGAACAAAACAACUACGUUUGUGAGUAGAUAGUUUGAAAAAAAUAUAUUUAAAAGCAUCAUUGGACAAUUGAGCAGCUACCGGAUACACAGAUAACCGGUUUGUCUCUUAUCAGUAGAAAUACGCAAACAGCUGAUUUCAGUUGUCAACGUUUAACAACUGCAAUUGUUGUUGAUUGUUAUUCUUCUUCGUAUAGCUAAAAUCGAUAAUAAGCCUUAUCUUUAACAGUAUCUUUUUUUAUUAUUUCAGUAAAUUAAAUGUGUAGUAAAGUUGUCUACACAUAAAUAAUUUGAUUCGCAACCAUCUGCACAAACGGUACAAAGCUCUUGCUCUGCGCGAAUUCUCAGACUUAAUUUCCAUAGUUUCGAAAGUGUGGUGAUAAAAAAUGUCACCUCGUUCAAUUUUUUUGCUAUCCUCUUCACGCGUCCAUGGUUAUGAGUUCUUGGAGCAUGCGAAAGAACAUUUAAAGGAAUUUUUAUCAAAACGCAAUGUGAAAACGGUGCUCUUUGUUCCGUAUGCACAGAACGAUUACAAUAAAUACACAGAGCUUGUUGAAAACACACUAUCUCCAUGGGGUUUUAAAGUUGAAGGCUUACACGUAAAACAGAAUCCCAUACAAGCAGUGCUGCAGGCGGAGGCACUGUUCAUCGGUGGUGGCAAUACUUUUGUAUUGCUUAAAGCGCUUUACGAUGAAAAUCUAUUACCUAUAAUACGUGAACGUGUACUCAAAAAAGGUAUACCGUAUAUUGGUUCGAGUGCCGGCACUAAUGUGGCCACACUUUCCAUACAUACAACAAACGAUAUGCCGGUGACGUUUCCACCCACAUUUGACGCAUUGCGUCUGGUGCCAUUCAACAUCAAUCCACAUUAUAUGGAACCCGACGCAACGACACGUCAUAAAGGUGAGACGCGUGACGAACGCAUUAACGAAUUUAUUGAGUAUCAUAAAAAGCCGGUGUUGGGCUUACGCGAGGGCACCGCUUUAUUGGUGGAGGGCGAUAAGGCCGUUUUAAUUGGCGAUCGUAAUGCGAAAUUGUUUAUGGCUAAUAAGGAGCAAGUUGAAUUUGCACCAAACACCGACCUGAGUUUUCUUUUAAGUCGAUCUUAAAUUGUAUGAGCGAAUGAAAUACAUUCGUUUAAAUUGAAUUUAAAUGUCAAACUGAAGUAUUUAUAUCUAGUGCAUUGUUGUGUUUUUCACUGUCAUUGUACAUACAUAUAUAUAUGUACAUUGUUCUUGCAUUCGUGCUGAAUUAUUGUGCUGCUGCUAUUAACUGUUAUGCUUAACGUAUAAUAUUUGACAAAUAAAAGGCAUUUACUCCACAUUCAA